AUGCGGCAAGCUGCGGGUAAACAUUCUUUUGAACGGAAGCCAAACAUUUUGAGGUUACAGAAGGCCAAGCGCCGGCGGCAACGUGCUGUAAUAGACCAAAAAUGGCGCUGUGCUGGUAAUGUUGAGGAUUUCGAGCAACUGGAUACGUUUCACCGUGCCAUAAGGCCAUAUUUGUGCCUGGCGCAAGUUCUUGGCAUGAUGCCCUUGGCAAAUGUGCUGAGUCUUAAUCCUCAGAUGGUCACUUUUCAAUUAUGUUCUUCGGGCACGUGCUUUUCGGUGAUCUUUUUGCUGUUGGGUGGUGUGAAGACAAUCCGUUUAGCAACAAAACUGUUUCAAGGCGGUAUUAAUGCCAAGAAUAUUGUGGGCGUCGUAUUUUUUAGCAGCGGAAUGAUAAUCUGUUUGAAUUUCAUUUGUUUGGCGCGUUGCUGGAACCGUUUAAUAGUGCCCUGGAGCGGUAUAGAUAUAAUAAUGCUUUUCCCACCCUAUACGACAACGAAACAUAGCCUACGCCGUAAACUACUUAUUACUGGAUGUUCAUUGGGUUGCCUGACGUUGGUUGAGCACUGCCUAUAUUAUGCAUCCAGCUAUUAUAAUUAUCGCAUGCAAAUUGUGCAUUGUCAGACAAACGUAACGGAUAUACCAUUCAGCGGGUAUAUGAAGAGGGAAUUUGCGGAUAUUUUUGAAAUGUUGCCCUACAAUCCCAUCUUUAUAUUCUAUGCGUUUUUUUUGAAUGGCACCUUCACCUUCAUUUGGAACUUUAUGGACAUGUUUAUAAUUUUGAUAAGCAUUGGCUUGGCCGAACGCUUUCAACAGUUGGCAAACCGAGUUUUGGCUCUCGCAUAUCAACAUGUGCCUGAUGCUGUGUGGCAUGAAAUACGCAUGCAUCACAUACUCUUAUGUGAACUUAUGGAUCUGGUUGAGACCAAUAUAUCGCAUAUUGUGUUGCUUUCCUGUUUAAACAACAUUUACUUUAUAUGCAAUAAGUUAUUAACUAUUUUUACCAAACUACGCUAUCCCGUCAAUUAUGCAUAUUUCUGGUAUAGUUUGCUCUUUCUGUUGGGCCGCACCUGCGCCGUCUUUUUGUGCGCCUCCAGAAUUCACGAAGCAUCGUUGCUACCCCUAACGGUGCUAACUAUGGUGCCCAGCGAUUACUGGACCGAGGAAGUGCAGCGUUUCACCCAUCAGAUAAGGAGCCAGUAUAUAGGACUCUCCGGCUUGAGUCUGUUCCACCUGACACGCAGAAGCUUCUUUGGAAUGAUGACUACGCUGGUGUACUAUGAGUUUAUGCUUUUACAACUGGAUGCCAAGAGCAACAAGAAUGAUCUACCCGCAUUGUGUGUCUGA